CAAAGUGUUGCGAGCGCGAGUAGAGACGUACAUUCACUCGUCGCUUGCGGACUUCAUAUUCAGCGUGGUUCUUGCGAAGCAGCCAAGACAUGAGAGUGUCUCAUUGCCCGGGAAAGUCGUCUUCUGCGCGAAACAAUUCAUCGGGGUCCAGAAACGGAGCACAUUUGCCCUGAUAAAUGCGUCCAAACGGGCAACCUCUACCAAGUCGCUGCCCUCUUCGGCCUCGCUGAGACCCUGAAAAAUGACUGCAGAGCGCCUCAAAAUUCGACGAGUGAUCAUCCCAAGGGUGGCCUGUUCGUGCAUUCGAAUCGUGGAAUUGGGUCAGAAUUUGAAGUGCUCUGUAUGGGAGUCCGAUACCUUGUGUGAAGUGCGAUUCAGAGCUCAAUGACCGUGAGGACAGAUCAGAUGUAUCGUGGAGGUUUUUGGAUUCCUCUCAAUUUAUGAGCUGUGGAAUGUGUAAAGUUCAGUGAAGAGCCAACAUCACCAGCUAUGUUGAUCCAGCAACGUCAGCAGGAAUCAGCUCGCUGUCAGAGGCAACGGGGCAGAUAUGUCGCACAGGCUGCGAGGACAUAUUGUAUCGUGCUUGUGUCAGCGGUGGGAGGCCGACCCCCU